GCGGCGCUUGGCGGCCGCUGGAUGAGCGGAGAGUGGGAGCCGCGGCGCUGAGGAGAGGCGGGGGAUAUGGCCGAGGUACCGCCGGGGCCUAGCAGCGUCCUCUCCCUGCAGGGGGACACGCUCUCUCCCUUCCCCGGAGGAGGAGGAGGAGGGGGGGCCGCUUCUUCCUCCUCCUCCUCUUCCACCUCCUUCGCUGCCGCCGCCGCCUCCACCGGGGCCCAGGACGAGGAGGCCGAAGAGGAGGAGGAAGAGGAGGGACUCGCGGGCGGACGGGAGAAGCAGCGAGGAGGAGGUGACGGCGGCAAGGGGGGGCAGCAGCAGCACCGCCUCCACCACCACCACCACCCCCCGCACCACAACCACCAGCUCAACGGCCUCAUCAGCCCCGAGCUGCGGCACCUGCGGGCCUCUCUCAAGGGCAAGAUCCUCAGCUCGGAGGCCGGGGUAGCCCCCGAGGGGCUGGAGAACAAGCGAGCCAGCAAAACAAUGGGCUCCGGACAGCAGCAGCAGUCGUCGCCCCCGGCCGCAGCACCGUGCUCGACCUCCCUUACCAACCACCUCGCUCCCCAGGGAAGGACUGCACCCUCUCCUCCUCCUCCUCCUCCUUCUCCCCCAGCAGCAACAGGGGACAGGAGCCAGCCUGCUGCCACAACUACAACUGCUGCUAAGAGUGCAGCCCGCAAUGGACUGGCAGGAGGGACUGGCUUGGAGGAAGAAGAGCAGGAGGAGGGGGAGGAAGGCGGGGAGGAGGAGGAGGAGGAGUCCCUGCUGCUAAUCUCCAGGUCCUUAGCAGCAGCCUGCAGUUUGAAAGGCUCGGGAACAGACUCUCAGCCCGAGGAGGACCUAACGAUACGAUACGUCCGAUAUGAGUCAGAGCUGCAGAUGCCCGAUAUCAUGAGACUGAUCACCAAAGAUCUGUCUGAACCCUACUCCAUUUAUACAUAUAGGUAUUUUAUCCACAACUGGCCACAACUUUGCUUUUUGGCCAUGGUAGGUGAGGAGUGUGUAGGUGCCAUCGUCUGCAAGCUGGAUAUGCACAAAAAGAUGUUCCGCAGAGGUUAUAUAGCCAUGUUAGCAGUGGAUUCCAAAUACAGAAGAAAAGGAAUUGGUACAAACUUGGUUAAGAAAGCUAUUUAUGCUAUGGUUGAAGGAGAUUGUGAUGAGGUUGUUUUGGAAACAGAAAUCACAAAUAAGUCUGCUUUGAAACUUUAUGAAAACCUUGGUUUUGUGCGAGACAAGAGGCUGUUCAGAUACUAUUUAAAUGGAGUUGAUGCACUGCGUCUUAAACUAUGGCUGCGUUAAAAGAAACCGUCACAUCAAGCGAUUGACUUCCCAACAGCGCAGAGUUGUCCUUUGCAUGCAAUGCAAUUUGUACAAAAUUGCUUUGCAAGUGGACUUAGUAAUUUCCAUGCAGCUCUUACCUAUCAGUGUCUCAUUGAGUGUCGCACAUAUUUGUUGCACUUUGGCAUGGCGCAUUUGUUCAGAAUUAAAACAGAUUGGUUCAAACUUCAAGUUCUUUUGGUACCAGCAAGAUGUGCCAGUUGAUAGCCAAGAUACGUUCAUUCAUUUGCAAGUCUACUGACUGUAUUACAUACACAGUGAACAUUUUAUCAAAGAACCUGUAUGUGGAACACGACUUUUGGUUCCAGAAAAAAAGCCAAUGUAGAUUGUAAAAUUCUAUAAGUAUACUAACAUUUCAUACAAAAAAUUGCCAUAGUUUUCUGGAAAAAGGCUUCAAUUUUAGGUUUUAUUUUUCAAUAUUGAAUUUUCCAUUCUUAAAUAUUGGUACCUCAGUGAUUAGUGAAUGAAAAAAUGUAUUGUAGGGUGGGGUGUGUGUUACAAUGAGUAACAGUAACAAUUAAAUCGCGUCUGCCAGUGCCUGUAUAGAUAAGUAUAUUUGUCUUCACCUCUAAGUUUGGAGUGCAUGCUUUUAUUCUUUUACUUUCUUCGAUUGUCUUUGCAAAAAAAAAUUCUGCUUUUAUUUAAAUUCCGGAUUUGAUAAUAAAUUAUUUCAGAUUUUUAUAAUUUGGAUACUUCUCCCAGACAAGGGUUUUGAAGGCCCUUCUUUUCUUACAGCAAGAAGUGUAAGCUAUUUUGAAAAACUUGAGUAGCUGCUAAAAGAGAACCUGAUGUCACCAGUAAAUCUGCUGGUUUUGGAUGCACUUUUUUUUUCCAAAAGAUUGAGGGACUUCUUUUAAAAGAAGAUAUAGAAAAUUAAUGUAAAUUGGUGAUGAUUUUAUUUAAUCAAAAUUAUAGCUAGAAGCUCUGAAAAACAGCUAUUUUAAAAUAGUUGGAACAAUUCUUUUUCAGUUUGCUUUGCUUCAGUGUUCUAAAAUGCUUCAAUCCUUGGUUUUUGGUCUUGGAAAUAAAUUUCAAGGUGUAUGGUAUCCAUUUUUUUUAGCUGCUCUCAUUUUCUCUAAACUUACAUGAGUUAAAUUAUUGGGGAUUUUUUUUACCUCCAAAAUCAAAGCAGCGGGGAAGGGACUUCUCCCUCAUUCUCUCUCUCCCUCUUUCUGUCUGUCUUUUUUUUUUUUUUUUUUUUUUAAUUGGGUUUACAUAGGUUUUCCCAAACUCAUCAAUUCAGUAAUUACAUUGUCAAGGCUUUCUUGUUCAGUGUGAUUAUAUAGCCCAGUUCUAUGAAUCUGUUGUUUUUUUUCACUUUGAAAAAAGAUGUUAGUUGACUUGUGGAAGAAGCUAUGUAAUCUAUGGAAAAGGAUGAACUCGGUGAAUCCGCUCUUCUGUAGCUGAGCGUACUAUUCAGAUUUGCCUUACUAUUAUUUUUUGUUUGUUUGUUUUUUUAAGGGUUUGGCUUGAGUCAUGGUUUUGGUUUUUUUUUGCUAAUUACUGUACAUUUAAAAACAAAACCAAAACCCCUACCUCCAGUAACGUUUGGAAAAAGUCCCUGUGCAGGAAAACUGGAUUUAAAGGAUAGCCUUAUUUUGCACAGACCAAUCGUUCACAUGGUGAUGGCCAUUUCUUACCAUGUACAAAUUACAAGUUGUAUUUGAAAAUAAAAAAUUUUAAUUGCCAUUAGCCCUUCUAAGUUUUCUGCUUGUAGACACCAUUUGUGCUUUUGAGGGGGUUGUUCCUCUCGAUAAAGAAAGCUCAUAUUUGAAAUGGUACCUGAGACAAGCAUCAUAAACUGCAGUCUGCUAUUCCCAGAACAUGCUGGAGUUUGGAAUAAAACCUAAAACCUCUGUGCUGCUACUGCUGCCUUGCAUCAUACCUAAAAUAUAUUCAGAGUGGCCUGAUUUGUCAGAUAUUUCAGUUGUCCUGAGCAGGUUAUCCAGAGGUAUCAUUCACAAUUAAGGCUUAAACAUUGGGAAUAGGAAAUCAGAGAAACUAACCCAAACCAGAAGCAGUCUGAUCUGUGUCUUGGUAGCUUAGGACGUAACGACUGCUCUGGCUUGCUUGAGCUAAUGAGAUGGAUAAGGAGAGUUUCAAACCUUGUUAACAGCUAUUGGACUUGUAUCAUAAACUCCAGACCGGGCUGUCUUGUGUCUGCUGAUGCUGGAAAACUGAAAAGCCAGAUAGGCAAGUUUUCUAUUGGUUAAUAUUUAAACUGCGGGUUUCUUCACAUUCAAAAGCUGGCUUAGAAGCUAGCCCGAAUCAUUUUUCACAAAGGCAACGCCAAAAAAUAUCACUGUGGAGCAAAUUUCAAAUACAAUUCUGUUUGUUUAUUGUAAGAAGCAAUUCUCGCCAUGCAAUUUAUGAAAAUACUGUGCAAAAUAGGUGCACAUUUCUUUUCAAAAAGCAUGUUACCCGAAAGAUUCUAAUAUUGCUGCUGUGUAACACACAGUUCACUACAGAAGAUACUGAAGCUGUAUGUGUUGGUUUGUAUUAAAACAGAUUUAUUCUCUGUGUUGCUUGGGAUUGGGUGUCAGGGUGGGAAAUUAAAAAUUUGCUAAGAGAUGAAAAUAGAUUUUCAAACGAGAUCUAGCAAAGAAAAGUUUAGUUGGUUAUUUCUCAUGUCUGUUGCUAAAAUACAGCCCUCUCUCACCUCUUUUGCAUUGACAAAUCUAACUAAGGAGUUGAUUACUUUUAUGUUUAACUUUACCCAAAUAUUGCUACUGGCUGACAUGUCGGAAUGGAUGUUUGCAUUAUACUGGGUUUUGUUCUGUUUUGUUUUUCCUUUAAGCAAAUGAUCCAGGUUCAUCACCGUCAAGGAAAGUAAGCAUAAUCUAAUUGGCAUUGCCUAGUACAUCACAAACUGUUUUGGGGGGCACCACAAGAUGUUGCUAAAACUGAGUGCUAUGUUUAAAAAAAAAAAAAAAUCAGGUCUUGUAUAAACAUAACAAACUGUGUUGGAGUUCAGGUAUCAGAUGGGCAUCUGUGAAAAUACCAAGUGUAUCUGAAAAUACUGGACUGCUGUUUGGAGUGGGUUAUAUUCUGCUGUCCCCUUACCCUUUUUGAUGAGAACAAAACCAGUGGGGUUAUGAAAUGUACAAGCUGUCUCAAUACAAUGCAGUCAAAUAAAUGGUUAAGUUGUUUAUCUA